AUGACAAGAACCCCCGCACUGUUCUUGGCAGCUUCGAGAUGCGCGAGAUUCCAUACCUUGCGUAGACUCAACGCAGAACCCAUUGUCAAAAUCACCAAUGGCACCUUUUACCGGCAACAUCCGGCAGCAAAACCAGUGCCUGGCCAAGACGCACCUCCGAAUCCGGCGUUGUUUCCAGAUUUGACUUUGUCCUUGCCUUCGUUUUCAACACCAAACCAACACUGGGCAAUCUUGAGUCCCUCGUCGGAUAUUCGUACAGCGUUCCUCCAAAUCUUGCGAGGCCAACUUCUAUGUUUUCCCCCAACAGGCCGAACUUAUCCAUACCUCCUAUCUCCAGAGAUCACCGAGAAGAAACCCAACCUACGUUUUCCAGAGCGAGCCAUCGAGUAUGUCGGUUUCGAUGUGGAGCGCAAAGCUUUUGGGGGCGCGUAUCUAUCAGCUCGUUAUGAGAGUCUGAAGGAAGACACAGACUUCACGCUCGAGCGAUAUCUGACGGGUAUUGUAACUAUGAACCCUGGCGAGGAAGAAUUGAAAGCGAAGUCAUUGGAUGAGGAAAUCACAAGAAAAGUGAUGAAAGAUCUAGAACUGGAGAGAUUCUUGGAGAAGCCGGUUAGUAUGUUGAGUAACGGCCAGAGUCGCAGGGCAAGAAUUGGGAAGGCGCUUUUGACGAGGCCAGAAGUGCUUUGUUUGGAUGCGCCGUUUAUUGGCCUGGAUCCUAUCGUGACGAGAAACAUCUCCAAACUUCUCCAUCGUCUUGCGGAAACUAAUGCUCCUCGGAUUGUGUUAUCGCUAAGACCUCAAGAUGCAAUUCCAGAUUGGAUUACACACAUUGUGUAUGCAGGUGAGGACGGAAAGGUUGAGGCACAGGGCCCAAAACAAGAAGUCUUCCGUUAUCUGAAGCAGCAAUAUGAUGAUAUUGAGAAAGCCAUCAAAAGUAAAUCCGCAGGCCAAAAGCUCGAUUCAAAACUCUUUGAACUCCGCGAUCUAGGCCUACUUAGUCGAGAUGGCUACGAAAAGGUUGACGCCUCGUCGGUGCCGCUUGGCGAACCAAUCGUAGAGAUGGAAGGAGUACGAAUCAAGUAUGGCUCAAACGCCGUUCUCGGUGAAUGGCAACAGGACAUCGACGGCACAAAGAAAGAUGGCUUGUACUGGAACGUGCACCGAGGGCAGCGCUGGGGUAUCUUUGGCGCUAAUGGCUCUGGAAAGACCACUCUGAUCAGCCUUGUCACCUCCGAUCACCCGCAGACAUAUUCGACACCGGUGAAACUUUUCCAGCGGUCACGACUUCCAGAACCUGGCGUUCCGGGCAUCACGAUCUUUGAAAUCCAAUCACGCAUGGGCCAUGCCUCUCCAGAAGUCCACGCACUAUUCCCCAAGCGCCUCUCUAUACGACGCACGCUGGAGACGGCAUGGAGUGAUACGCCCAUCACCAUACCACGGCUGAAUGAAAACACUAUCAAGCGUGUAGAAGCGUGUCUCCGUUGGUUUGAGACGGAACUAAACCCGCUUCUCAAAGACGGCGAGACGUCAAAAGGCAGUCUAGACUGGUCAUCUCGCACUUUAUUUGGCGAAGUAUCCUUCUCCGCCCAACGUAUCCUCCUCUUCCUCCGCGCCACAAUCGCCAAUCCAGAUAUCGUCAUUUUAGACGAGGCGUUCAGUGGCAUGGAUGAUAUCGUGCGAGAUAAGUGCCUUCUGUUUCUCAGCCGUGGACAAUCUAUGGAACUACAACAUACAGAUGCUGGCCCAAAGCCUGUGGAAAGCGAGGCUUCGAAGAAGAACGAAGUGGUAGUGCCUGGUCUGCAAGAUCACCAAGCGCUCUUGUGCGUUAGCCAUAGUGAACAAGAAGUUCCUGGGUGCAUACGAGAGUGGAUAUGUUUGCCCGAGCCGGGAACAGGAGCUCCAAGGUUUGGCAAGUUUGAUGGACCGGUUGAGUUGGGAUAUGAGCGGUGGGAUGAGGUUUGGGGCACUCCAUAG